GAGAUGAUACCAUAAAAUAGUCAAACCAAUCUCAGAAAUUGGCAAAGCCGUUGGCAAACAAAAUCAUAUAAAAACUUGGUGAAUUCUUGGCAGCAUCAUCAGUUUUCGAAUUCAAAGCUAAAUCCCAACAGUAUUUCCAGCCAAAAUAUGUUCAAAUUUAUUGUCCUUUGUGCCUUGAUAGCCACGGCUGUGGCCCUACCCAAAUAUGGCGGCAAAAAUACCUACAAAGCUGCCUAUGGUUCCCAUGCCCCGGCCAGUAGUGGUGGCCACCAUGCCAGCGGUGAUGAAGUCCAUGCCGAGACAACAAACUUUGCUGCCGAUGUCAAUGAACAUGGUUUCCAAUAUGCCUAUGACACCACCAAUGAUAUCCAUGCCGCCGCUUCCGGAGAUGAAAACGGCGAUCACAAGGGUGACUUCUCUUGGGUAUCGCCCGAAGGUGAACACAUCGCUGUGCAAUAUGUGGCCGAUGAAAAUGGUUAUCAACCCAACAGUGCCUUGCUGCCAACACCACCACCCAUUCCAGAGGCCAUCUUGAAGGCUUUGGAAUACAUUCGUACCCAUCCUCCCAAGGAGGUGGAUCAUGAACACAGUGCCGCAGCUUCGUAUCGCAGCAAUACCUUUAGCCGCAGCAACAGCAACAACCGGGGAAAUAGCAACAAACAAUUUGGCAGACAUUUCUAAAUAAAAGGGGAAUGUCAUGGGUUAAGAGUCCUUUCAGGGAGUACUAAAAGGAUAGCUUAAUCUGAAAAUAAAGUGGUAGUAUGGAAUAAA